UAUCAACAUAAGAAAGAAGAAGAUAUUCUUUGAUGUUAUCCAGUAGCUGAGGAUAUUAUUCUUUUUUUUUGCUAAAAUGUGAUUUUUUUUAACUCAGUGUUAGCUUGAUAGCCACCUGGAUAUGGCUGAACUGCCUGGGCGAGGACUGCCACUAAUGUCUUAACCUUCCCAGCUUGCCUUGUGCCAGAGGAGCUGAGGUCAAGAUGCUGCUGAAGAUGCCCCAGAAGCUGCUGAAGACUGCCCACUACAUAGAGCUGGGCAGCUACCAGCACUGGCCGGUGCUCAUCCCGCAGAGGAUAAGACUGUAUACCUUCGAACAAAUCCCCCUCUUUCUCAAAGAAAACCCCUACAUCACAGACGGCUACAGGGCUCACCUGCCAUCCAAACUGUGCCUGAGGAGUAUUUUUAUUCUGUCCAAUGAGACGGUGAAUAUCUGGAGUCACCUUCUGGGUUUCCUGCUCUUCUUCUCUCUGGGGGUCAACGACCUCUCCUCAGUACUGCCAGCCUCCGGCGCUAACAGAGAGGACUACGUCAUUUACGCCAUAGGACUGUUCUGCUUCCAGGUGUGCAUGUUGUGCUCUGUGGGGUAUCACCUGUUCUCGUGCCAUCGCUCAGAGAAGACCUGCCGUCGCUGGCUGGCGUUGGACUACGCGGGCAUCUCUGUUGGCAUCCUGGGCUGUUAUGUACCUGGAAUCUUUUACGCUUUCUACUGCAAUGCUUUUUGGCGCCAGAUCUACCUGCUGACAGUGCUGUCCCUGAUCCUGGCCGUCUUCUGCGCUCAGGUCCACCCUCGUUACCUCAGCAACGACUGGCGACGGAUACGGAUGACGAUCUUCUGCUGUGUGGCUGGCAUAAGUGUGAUACCUGCGUGCCACUGGGUCUGGCUCACUGGAGGAUUCACCUCUGAUGUUGUACAGCUGUUCCUGCCUCGCGUGUUAGUGAUGUACCUGAUAGCUGGGUCUGCCUUCCUGUUCUACGUCACCAAGAUCCCUGAACGCUAUUUCCCUGGCCAGCUGAACUACCUGGGUGCCAGCCACCAGGUGUGGCACAUACUGGUGGUGGUGAUGUUUUACUGGUGGCAUCAGACAGCUGUACACAUCAUGCACUUCAGGCACAGCCAGGCCUGCCCGACCCGGACCAGCAGCGGCUAAGUUUAACUGAUCGAAUUAAGUUAUGGGCCGGCAAUUGGUUGCAGGCCAAUAAUUGUCAGUAGAUAUCAGUUAAACUCUCUCUCUCUCAAAGACUUCUUACCGGUUUGCUGUUGGUUAGAAGUUGCUACCUAAAGGGUUUUUCAACCACUAACUACCAGCAGCUCUCGACUAUAAGCUGCUAAGGUGUAAAAGCAGUCUCACGAUAGCUAUUAGCUUACACUGAACCAACAGUUACUGGUCGGUACUGUCUUGUACCCUGGCCAGCUUUUAAUGGCCAGUAUCCUCUAUUAGUCUGCUGUCUCCAACAGUAGAUAUCAGCUGAGAGGAUUUAGGAGCUCCUGUAAAUCUUAUAUUCUCUUAGCAAAAGCUCAGUUGAUGUCAAAAGUGAUGUAGCUACACCAAACUGAUCCCCCUAAUGGACAGAAAAUAAUCCUUGAUGUUGCACCAUGACCAUUAAGAUCAAUGCAUGAAGCAGGAAUUUAAAUGUAUUUGUAGAAACAGACUAAGGUUUGGUGUUUUCAUUGGGGAUCAUGUUAUCUCAUGGUUGAUUGUGAUUCUUUUUGCACAGAAGUAUUGAAAAACUAUGAGAUUUUCUUGCAACAUAAUAGCCUGUGUGAACAAUGACUUCUUUUGCGUCAAACUUUGUUUUAUCUGUCAGUUCCUACAAGAUUAGAUUUUAUGCACAGAACUGGAAAUUCAGCAUUCGGACACUGUGAAUUGUCUGUCUCUGGGAGAAGCAAUGCUCAAACUCCUCUAGAAUUUGCAAGCUUUUUAACAAAUAGUUAAAGUCAACA